CCGGAGGCGGACGCGGCCCCCGGGCCCAGCGCCGCGUUCCGCCUCCUGGUGACCCGGCGGGAGCCGGCCGUGAAGCUGCAGCACCCGGUGAGCGGCCUGGAGCCGCUGGCCUGGUCCGAGGACCACCGCGUGUCCGUGUCCACGGCCCGCAGCGUCGCGGUGCUGGAGCUCAUCUGCGACGUGCACAACCCCGGCCAGGACCUGGUCAUCCACCGCACCUCGGUGCCCGCCCCCCUCAACAGCUGCCUCCUCAAGGUUGGCUCAAAGACAGAAGUUGCAGAGUGUAAAGAGAAAUUCGCCACCUCCAAAGACCCCACGGUCAGUCAGACUUUCAUGUUGGACAGGGCGUUCAACCCAGAGGGGAAGGCCCUGCCGCCCAUGAGAGGGUUCAAGUACACCAGCUGGUCCCCCAUGGGCUGUGACGCUAACGGCAGGUGCCUCCUGGCAGCGCUGACCAUGGACAACCGCCUGACUGUCCAGGCGAACCUGAGCAGACUCCAGUGGGUCCAGCUGGUCGACCUGACGGAGAUUUACGGAGAGCGCCUGUAUGAGAGCAGUUACAGGCUCUCCAAAUCCGAGGCCCCAGAGGGCACCCUGGGGGACUUCGCCGAGUUCCAGCGGAGACACAGCAUGCAGACGCCCGUGCGGAUGGAGUGGUCGGGCAUCUGCACCACGCAGCAGGUCAAGCACAACAACGAGUGCCGGGAUGUGGGCAGCGUGCUGCUGGCGGUGCUCUUCGAGAACGGGAACAUCGCCGUGUGGCAGUUCCAGCUGCCCUUUGUUGGGAAGGAGUCCAUCUCUUCGUGCAACACCAUUGAGUCGGGAAUCAGCUCUCCGAGCGUCUUGUUCUGGUGGGAAUAUGAGCACAACAACCGGAAGAUGAGCGGCCUCAUCGUGGGGAGUGCUUUCGGGCCGGUCAAAAUCCUUCCUGUCAACCUCAAAGCCGUUAAAGGCUACUUCACGCUAAGGCAGCCUGUCGUCCUGUGGAAGGAGAUGGACCAGCUGCCCGUGCACAGCAUCAAGUGUGUGCCCCUCUACCACCCUUACCAGAAGUGCAGCUGCAGCCUGGUGGUGGCCGCGCGAGGCUCCUACGUGUUCUGGUGCCUCCUGCUCAUCUCCAGGGCGGGCCUGAACGUGCACAACUCCCACGUCACGGGCCUUCACUCGCUGCCCAUUGUCUCCAUGACCGCAGACAAGCAGAACGGCACCGUCUACACCUGUUCCAGCGACGGGAAGGUCAGGCAGCUGAUUCCCAUCUUCACAGAUGUUGCGCUGAAGUUUGAGCACCAGCUGAUCAAGCUCUCAGACGUGUUUGGCUCCGUGAGAACACACGGGAUCUCGGUGAGCCCCUGUGGGGCCUACCUGGCCGUCAUCACCACGGAGGGCAUGGUCAACGGCCUGCACCCCGUGAACAAGAACUACCAGGUCCAGUUCGUCACCCUCAAAACUUUCGAAGAGGCAGCUGCUCAGCUGCUAGAAUCGUCAGUGCAGAACCUUUUCAAGCAGGUGGACCUGAUAGACCUAGUGCGCUGGAAGAUCCUGAGAGACAAGCACAUCCCUCAGUUCUUACACGAAGCUUUGGAGAAAAAGAUCGAGAGCAGCGGGACCACCUAUUUUUGGCGUUUCAAGCUUUUCCUUCUGAGGAUCUUGUACCAGUCGAUGCAGAAAACGCCUUCCGAAGCCCUGUGGAAACCCGCCCACGAGGACGCCAAAGCCUUGCUGGUGGACUCCCCGGGGAUGGGCAACGCCGAGGACGAGCAGCAAGAGGAAGGCACUUCCAAACAGGGCAGUAAGCCAGGCCUUCAGGACAGGAGCCGAGAUGGGGACCCGGACGACCCCGCCGACGACUCCCUCACCCCGUCCGGAGAUGUUGGGGGCCGGGAGCCCAUGGAAGAGAAGCUCCUCGAAAUCCAAGGGAAAAUUGAAGCGGUGGAAAUGCACCUGACCAGGGAGCACAUGAAGCGAGUCCUGGGGGAAGUGUACCUGCACACCUGGAUCACGGAGAACACCAGCAUCCCCACCAGGGGGCUCUGCAACUUCCUGAUGUCUGACGAGGAGUAUGACGACCGAACGGCGCGGGUGCUGAUCGGACACAUCUCGAAGAAGAUGAACAAGCAGACGUUCCCCGAGCACUGCAGCCUGUGCAAGGAGGUCCUGCCCUUCACGGACCGCAAGCAGGCCGUCUGCUCCAACGGGCACAUCUGGCUCCGGUGCUUUCUAACCUACCAGUCCUGCCAGAGUCUGAUAUACAGGCGGUGCCUGCUCCACGACAGCAUCGCCCGCCACCCGGCCCCAGAGGAUCCCGACUGGAUCAAGCGGCUCCUGCAGAGCCCCUGCCCCUUCUGCGAUUCUCCCGUGUUCUAGUGCCGGAGGGCGCAGCAGAGAGGGCCGGCGCCCCCUACCGAAAACGCCUGAGCCCGAAGAGCCGGGCGCGGAGCAGCACGGUGGACGGGAGAGGCCUCUCCGGACUGCCUGGGGCCCGGGACUCACUUCCGGGGCGCGCUGCCUCCAGGGACCGAGGGUGCCCUCGUGCCACAGAGGCCGGGGACGUGCAUCCCUUUGAGAGGAGCAUGGGGCCCACACGCUUCCCGCGGACGAGGAACACUUACUUUUCAAGUGCCGUGACCGAAACCAUUUGAGCAAAAAGAACGCCCUGUCACUGCAGGGACGGGUGUUUCUGGAGGGCUGGGGCAGCGCGUGGCUGGGCAGGGCAGGGCUGUCAUCCUUCCCUCGCCUGGGACCGCCUCGUGGCCGUCACAUGGUCUGGUAGCUGGUAUUCCGGGCACCGGCAGAUAUUAAAGCUGUGUAAAUGAUG